AACUACUUCCUUCUCUCUCACUCACUCUAACCACCCUUCUUCUUUAUAUGGGUUUGUUUCCUAGGUUGUGGGACGUAGGAAAUUCCCCUCUCUCUCUCACACACACACACACAACAUGAGGAUGAAUGUGAAAGAAUCGACGAUGGUGAGGCCAAUGGCAGAAACUCCAAGUGGAAGUCUGUGGCUGUCGAAUUUGGACUUACAAAUGCCGGCUACCUACCACAGUCGCUUCGUCAACUUGUACCGCUCCAAUGGCGCCGCCAACUUCUUUGACGUUGGCUUGCUGAAGGCGGCGCUUGGGCGGGUUCUGGUUGACUUCUACCCAUAUGCAGGGAGGCUGGAGAAGGCGGAUAACGGGCGCAUCCAGAUUAACUGCAACGCCGAGGGAGUGUUGUUCGUGGAGGCGGAGUGCGACGCCACCGUCGAUGACUUGGGUGGUUUCGCGGCCCGCGUCCCCGACCUCUCUCUCGUCCCUAAAGUCGAUUAUUCUUGGGGGACUUCCACCUUCCCACUUUUGUUGCUGCAGUUGACACGGUUCAAAUGUGGUAGCAUUUCCUUGGGCUUUGCAAACGACCACCACGUUUCUGACGGGAUGUCCGUCCUCCAUUUCAUCAAAACGUGGUCCGACGCCACCCGCGGCGUAACCGCUGCUGCCAUCCCCCCACUCCUCGACCGCCGCCUCCUCUCGGCUCGCUGCCCGCCGCAGCCCCAGUUCCCCCACGACGAAUACCAGCCCCUGCCGACGCUCAUAACCCCUCUCCCCAGCACCGACACGUCACACUCAACGUUCAAACUCACCCCCGCCCACCUCCGCGCCCUCAAGCAGAGAUGCAAAUCCCGUUACACCAUGUACGAAGUGGUCACCGGCCACGUGUGGCGCUGCGUCUGCGCGGCCCGCGGCCUCGCCCCGGACCAAGAAACCAGGCUGCAAUCCUCGGUGGACGGGCGCCCGAGGCUGAGGCCGCCCCUGCCUUCCGGUUUCUUCGGCAACGUGAUCUUCUACACGACGUCGACCGCUCUGUGCGGCGAGCUGGUGUCGAAUCCGGUGGAUUUCGCGGCGGGGAAAGUCCACGCGUCGGUGGCCCGAAUGAACGACGAGUAUUUGAGGUCGGCUGUUGAUUACUUGGAGGUGCAGCUGCCGAAUAUCCCCCAAACUGCCCGCAGAGACAACACCAUGAGGUGCCCUAAUUUUGAUAUCACGAGCUGGGCGCGGCUGCCCUCAUUCGAAGCGGAUUUCGGGUGGGGGAAGCCGGUUUAUGUGGGGCCGGCGGCGGCUCCGUAUGAAGGGAAGUGCUUUUUGUUCGUUGGUGCGGAGAGUGAUGGGAGUUGGUUGCUUGAGAUCACGCUGCUGAAGCCGCACAUGGAGGCGUUUCAGAAAUUAUUUUAUGAUAUUCCCUCCGUCCAUGAAAAUUAUGACACUUUCAUUUGGCCGAGGUUGUAAUAUUCGGCACCGAAGAAGAUGGUUGGGGUCUGCGCGCGUUUGUGUUUUAUUUGAAAUAAACAUUAUUGACUGCUCGAAUGUGUGACAAUAAAGUUAAUUAAUACGGAUCAUGUGUUAUUUUA